AUGAAAGAUAUUUUGGGUCUUAAACAUGACCCACUUCUUGUCAAGUUUCGUGAGGCUAGGACAUAUGAGAAAAAGAAAAAGAAAGCAAUGUCUAAGAAGAACAAAGAUCUUGUUCAACGCGUGUCAACACACAAGCCUUCUUACACACUUGAUAGGCCUAUCCUUGAGAGGUAUCCAACAUUCAUUGAUGCAUUAAGAGAUUUGGAUGAUGGACUCACCAUGGUGCAUCUUUUUGCUGCAUUACCUGCUAUAGAAAGGGAAAACAUUCAAGUAGAAAGAAUCCAUAGUUGUAGAGGGUUGAGUCUUGAGUGGCAAGCAUAUGUCUCUCGCACACAUAAAUUGCGAAAGGCUUUCAUAUCUGUGAAAGGCAUAUAUUACCAGGCAGAGGUUGAAGGGCAAAAAAUCACAUGGUUGACGCCUCAUGCACUACAACAAGUAAUGCCUCAAGAUGUAGAUUACAAGAUCAUGCUUACAUUCUUGGAAUUAUACGAGAAUCUCUUAGGUUUUGUUAAUUUCAAACUCUACAAUUCGAUUAAUUUGAAAUAUCCACCUAUCCUUGAUCCUCGACUGAAAGCUUCAGCUUCAGAUUUAUAUGCUUUUACAAGGUAUGUUGAAAAUGUUGCUGAUGAGAAUGAAGAUGAUGAAGAAACAAGAGCAUGUAAAACCCUUUUCAAAGACAUGACAUUCUUCUUGAGUCGUGAGGUUCCAAGAGAAUCAUUGCUUUUUGUGAUUACGGCAUUUGGUGGUGUGGUUUCAUGGGAGGGAGAUGGAGCUCCAUUUGAGGAAUCUAACCAGAGCAUUAAUUAUCAGAUUGUUGAUAGGCCAAGUCAAAGUCACCGGUUUAUUUCCAGAGAUUAUAUACAGCCACAAUGGGUCUUUGAUUGCAUAAAUGCACGAAUUAUACUACCAACCGAAGACUAUAUUGUUGGGAAGUAA